CUGCGCAUGACCCUGCGCGUCCUCUAGGACUUACCCAGAAGGCCCCGCUUCUCCUUCGGGUCAAAAUGGCUGGCAGGUCUGCUGUUUCAGCAUCAGGCCGGUGGCUGGACGGUAUUCGAAAAUGGUACUACAAUGCUGCAGGAUUCAAUAAACUGGGGUUAAUGCGAGAUGAUACAAUAUAUGAGGAUGAAGAUGUGAAAGAAGCCAUAAGGCGGCUUCCUGAGAAGCUGUAUAAUGACAGGAUGUUUCGCAUUAAGAGGGCACUGGACCUGUCACUGAGGCAUCAGAUUUUGCCUCGGGAGCAGUGGACAAAAUAUGAGGAGGAUAAAUUCUACCUUGAACCAUAUCUGAAAGAGGUUAUUCAGGAAAGAAAAGAGAGAGAAGAAUGGGCAAAGAAGUAAUCUUGUAAUUGAGAUUUACAGGUGCAUCUGUAUUUUUAUGAAGUUGGUUAAAUCUGAACCACAAUAAAUGUCUAUUGUAAUCAU